CAUGCGUAUUUAAUUCCUAAACGUCUUUGUGUUGCGACAAAGUUUGUCCUAAACGAUUUGCCGUAUAUCGGUGCUGAAGCCUGUGAAUUAGCAGAAUAAACUACUGAUACGCACGAUACAAAAAGAAAAAAAAGGAUUGAAACCUUGGAAAUCCCAUUCUCUCUUCUUAAUUACAACCGAAUUCACCGCAGCCUCGAUGCAGAGGACAGCAUAUUACGAGGAUGAUUUCUUCGGAGGAAAAGAGGACAACGACGCUGUUUUGGAGAAGUCCCGAGUUGGCUGGACUAGAGCAGGUUUGGUCACCAACGAUUUUGAAAAUCUCAGUAAAAAUGUUUGUACUGGGUGGCAGGAGCCAGAGUCCCCCCACAUUAAGAAGGAAGUGGAUGAUGAAGAGCACCCCUGCAUUCAAGAAAAGGAGGAGACAGAUCCCCUUCUUAUUAAAAAGGAGUACAAAGGACACACUCGCAUCAAAGAGAAGGAAGAGCUCCUCCAAACCAAGGGAGAUGAAGAAAAGCUUCUCUACAUCAAAGCGGAGGAUGAGGAACAGAAUGUAUGCAAGUUGUCUUUGACUGCUAUCCCUUUAAAAAGUGAAGAUGAGGGCCAAAGUGAAGCGAGCAGAGGGGUGGGGCCUCCAGGCAGCAGCUCAUGUCAUCACGUGACAUCAGAAAGUGAUGGAGGAUCAUUUGCAGAUGGUCUCUCAGCUCCACCAUCCGGUGGUGAAGACAUGACUCCAUGCUCUACUGAGACUGAUGCUAAAGCCUAUGAAGGUGAUAUGACAUGUGAAACUGACAAACGCUGGAAAUGUUCCCAGUGUGGGAAAACCUAUGCUUGUGCCAGCAGUUUGAAGAGGCAUGUGAUUUGCCAUUGUAUUGAGAAACCUUAUCCAUGCUCAUUAUGUGGCCGAAGAUUCUCUCAGAAGGGAACCUUAAAAAUUCAUAUGAAAACACACACGAGUGAGAAAUCUUUUGCAUGUUCAGUUUGUAACCAAAUAUUCUUUGAUAAGGGGCAGUUAAAAAUACACACAAGAACCCACACUGGUGAGAAACCUUUUGCCUGUUCUGUUUGUGGCCAAAGAUUUUCUCGUAAGGGACACUUAAAAAUACACUCAAGAAUCCAUACUGGGGAAAAACCCUUUCCUUGCUCCGUUUGUGGUCAAAGAUUCUCAGAGAAGGGAGUCUUAAAAUCACACACAAGAACACAUACUGGUGAGAAACCUUUUACCUGCUUAGUUUGUGGACAAAGAUUUUCUCAGAGGGGAAGCUUAAAAUUUGUGGACAAAGAUUCUCGCAGAAGGGAGGCUUAA